UACCAAGGUAAGUUCAUUGAAAAAAACAAGAAAACCAUGGUUUCAGUUAGCAAAGUUCCCACUCGUUCAGCGAACGGUUCCUCCCGUAGAAACGCUGUGGGAAGUAGUGGAUUGACGGUGUUCGUCUGCAGGUUGGUGCUGGGCUUGACGGUAGUCGCGCUUGGAGCCUGGUACUACCAAGUAGCGACUCCGGAUAGUUUUGUCACAAGCGGUUUGCAUUCGUACACUAUGCCGUUGGUAGCCUUGGCAAGCUCAGUCACGGACCUUACGAUUGCGGCAACUUCGGAUAAGAAUGCGGCUCAGAUCAAGGCGUGGCGUAAAGCGUUGCAAGAUCAAUGCACAAGCGCCCAAACCGCCGAGCAAGUCCAAGCCGUUGGUGCAGUCAACAAAGGAUAUUUUUCAGGAUUAGGGAGCUCACCCCCUCUGCAACCGCGCGGGGAUGCAGCAAUAAAGCGAUGUCAACGGGUCUUGUUGGAUUUUGGUGCCAACAUUGGGGAUACUUCGGGAAAACUAAUGGACGCUGGAUUUGUGGGUUGUGACCGCUCCGACGACCUGAAAACUCAGCUUGUGCCACCAGCGUACGAUAUGGAGACAAAGACUUGGCAGGAAGCUAGUUUUGGACGCCGCAAAGUAGCCCGAAACCCGCUUACGACACAAUUUGUACAACUUAUGCGUUCCUUUGGGUCGCUUACCGGCCCUGAGGAUUACUGCUACUACGGCGUCGAAGGCAACCCUGUUUUCACUAAACAACUUCAGGCGCAUGAAGACUAUAUCAUGAACUUGAAUCCACGCCCAAUUCAACACAUGCACUUUUUUACGGAAUCUGUGGGUGCUGGAACGGAUGGUAUGACAAAACUGUAUCUUGACACAAUCAACACCGAACAAAAUUUUUGGGGGAGUAGUAUUUUACAGGGCCACCAAGACGUACGCAAGAGUGCUGACGUUUCCAAGGGCGAAAAAUUGGAGACUGUCGCCGCAGACGUGAUGGGCUACACCAUUGGAACACUUUUGCGAAAAACCACAAAUGCCUUUGCUCCAGAUGCUCAACCACACGAACAAAGUGGUGGUCAUUUCAUUCUCAAAGUGGACAUCGAGGGUGGCGAAUAUCCACUUCUAGACGAGGCCGCCCGCGAAGGAACGUUGUGUGAGUACGUCAAAAUGGGCAAUCAGGCCGACGUUUACAUUGAGUACCACAGUCAACGCGUAACAGGCCCGAAUCCACUGGUCAAGACAAAGCUUGAAACCAAAAAAAAUCUAGAAGAGUGCGGCGUAACCUUCCGUGGUCUAGGGGCUUGGUGGGCAUAG